GGUAACCGUGCGGAGAUCGUAAAACUAAUUAGACAAAAUGACUGAGAAGAGUUUAGAGAAAAUUACGAGCUUUUCCUGGGACAGAGACUCCGAGAACAUGGAAGAAGACUCAGCGACCAUGUUCGACGUGUUCAACAGUCAUAUGAGAGAGAGGAUCGUGCUACAGCGGCUGAUAGUGAUUGCUCGGCUCCCCCACGACCUCGCUGACAGGACAGAACUUGGAGCUCAUUACGAGAGACUCAACUUUCAGCUUAGCAAACGGUAUUCAUGGGAUCUGAUGACGGGCCGGCUGUACAUUUACCCAUCCUGUCUGCUGCAUAUCAUCGAAUCAUCCAGAGAGGUUCUGCUCUCUGUUCUGACGGACCUUAAAGACAUGCAACACCAGACACACGGUGCCUUGCUGGAAGCUCCCAGGGUUGUGUUCAUGGCCCAUCAUCCUCAGAGCAGGCUGUUCCAACAGUGGAGCUACAAGGUGCUCGAAGCAGACCAGGUGGCAGGAGAACCUGGAGCGAAGGCUCUUGAGGAUGAGGAGGAGACCACAGAAACGUUAGUGUGUACCGUUCUGUCAGGGCUGCAGAAACUGGACAAAUCUAAAAAGGCUGUUCCUGGGUCCGUGUGGGAAGAGACCCCGGAGCUGAUCGCCUCUCAGAGGGUUCUCUACAAGCUGCUGGCUCGAGAGGAGCUCUUGACGCCUCAGCAACACCUUCAGAUGUACAACUCACCGCUACACAUCCACAUGGACUUUGGACAAGUGAUCCGCAGCAGCCGCCUCACCACGGUUUAAUGUUGUGGACAAAAGGUCAAAGAAUGUUUGGCCUUCACUGAACUGCCUUGGAUGUGACUGAAGGCUUCCUGGAGGAGAGAAAUCACUGUGACAGUUUGUUAACAACAUGUAAUAUACUGCAGCUUUGUUGUGUUCUUC